AGAAACGACCCAGUUACUGCUUUGCGCACGCGCACUAUAUACUUUUCCACGCGUGUUAAAGAUCCACAUUUUAGGAAAAGAGUUAAAAAAAAACAGGUAUUCAGAAAAUUAAAGACACAUUUCUAUCGCAAUGGGAGGACAAACAAAGAGCAAAAAGAAAAACAAACCGAAGAGGAAAGUGAACCGUACAAACAAGGACGCAGGAUUCACUGAUUUGUCCCCUCAACAAAGGAUGAAAGUGAGAAUGCAUGAAAAAGCCAAGAAGAAGACAGCUGAGAAGUACACUGUGCAGCAACUACUAGAAAAGACAGAAGAAUGCAUGGACAGUUUUGAUUUUGAGAUGGCUGGUCUUUUCUGUCAGCGAGCCCUGGACCUGGAGUCCACAAAUUUGCAGGUUCUCGACUUGCUGGGACACAUCUACUCUGAGCUCGGAGAUGUACAGAAAGCUAAGGGAGUUUUUCUUCGUGCAGUGGAGUUAAGCCCAGAUGAAGGCCACAGUAAGUACAUGUACCUGGGACAGAUCCACACAGGCCAGGAGGCAGUCGACUACUACACCAGAGGAAUACAAGUCCUACAUUCUGUAUUGGACAAACAAGCAGAGGCCAGUUCUCAGGGGGGAGCUGCUGCUCCAGCAGAUGAAAACCCACGGCUCCCCACAGUGAAGGAUAUUUGUGUCGCCUACUGCUCCGUGGCUGAAAUUUACCUGACAGACCUUUGCAUGGAGGAUGGAGCUGCAGACAAGUGCAGAGAGUUCAUUGAGAAGGCCUUACACUAUCACCAUGACAACCCUGAGGCUCUUCAACUUAUGGCCAGUUACCUGUUCAGUACAGAGAGAAACCAGGAAGGCCGAGAAUACUUGAUGAAGAGUAUUGGGUUGUGGCUUCCUGCCCAGAAACUGGUUGUGGCCUCUUCCAGCACAGACAAAGAUGUGCAGAUUGACAUCCCUCCAUAUGAGUCUCGCAUCACCACAGCCAAACUGCUCAUUGAGACAGAAGAGUAUGAGAUGGCGGUAGAAGUGUUGGAAGGUCUUCUGGAUGAGGAUGAUGAGGUUGUCCAGGUGUGGUACCUCAAUGGCUGGGUGUGCUACCUUCAGAUGGUAAAAGCAAAGGAACAGCAAGAAAGGGGAGCAGCAGAAAAGGAGGAGGGGGAGGCUUUUGCUUUGAAGGAGGCAUCCAGAUCAUACCUGACCAAUGCUAAGAAGCUGUACAGUAAGCUGCACUGUGAUGACCAGCCGAUGUUGGAGCAUGUGGAACAGCUGCUCAGGGAGCUGGGAGGAGAAAUGCAGCAAGAGGAGGGCGAUGCACUCUUAGAUGAGGACUAUGAGCCUUGUAGUGAUGAAGAUGAUGAGGCACCCAUGGAACACUGACCACACUCCUGAACAUCCCCUAAAGACACCUCGUGUGCAUCACACAUCGUCUCUUUGCCUUUGAUUCCACCAGUUUAUUCUUUUCUGGCACUCGCUCUUCCUGGUUCUCCUUUAAUAUUCAUUUUUCAGUGAUUUGACUUAUCCGUAUCUAAAAUGCUCAAAAAGCGUGGCAUUAAAAGCUAUUGUUUACUCACUCUCUUUCACGCUCUUGUUUGGUGAAAUAAGUACGUACUUGAGCAGUGAUUCUCUUAAUCUCCUUGACAGCUGCUGAUGAAAGAAAUUAAUCAAAGCAAAAUACCUUUUGAAUGCUUUUACCUCUUCCAGACACCCACGUUUUUAAAAUUCAAGAAAGCAUGCAUUCAUGCACACAAA